CCCCCGCAUUCCCGCCCGCGGUGUCUCCGCCUCCCCCGCCCCAUCUCGCCCUCCUGCUCGGAACCCCGGGAAGGGUGAACCCCCCCCCUGGACGGAGAUUCCCCGAGACCCCCUUGUCGAUGGGGCGGAAGAAAGCUGGCUCCGCCGGCUGGAGAUGGGGUCGGCGCUGGGAGUGAAGACCCCGGCCCCACAUACACACACCUGGCUUGUUUACACGGCUAAAAGGAAAAGCCCAACCCGGAUCAAGAGGGAAUCCACAUUGUCGGGUAGGAAAUGUAACCAGCUGAGGCCCCCCAUCCGGGAGUUCCAGAUGGGUCUUGGAUCAAAGUGAUUCCCGUCCCUCGGAAGCAGGAGACAAACCAAUCUUCCAGACAUGGAGGUGAAGGGGCAACUCAUCAACUCAUCCAGCUACAGCUCUUCAGAGGCUUUGCAGCGGGACCUCUGUCCGCGGAUCCGGCUGGAGCGGGUGCAAGAGCUGCUGGAGAAGCAGCGGUCGCUCCAGCAAGUUCUCAGCCUGCGCCUUAAGGAGCUGCGCCGCAUUUGCCUUCAGGAGGCUGAACUGACAGGACAGUUGCCUCCCGAAUACCCCCUGGAGCCAGGGGAAAGACCCCAGCCUGUGCGCCGGAGGACGGCAGUUGCCUACCGAAUUCCCACUGCCUUCAAGAAUGAGGAAGCGCCUUCCUUGGAGGAGCUGACUCAGGAGCUGGCUCUGCAACAGCAAGUGGCAGAGGCCGCCCGCCGCCUCACCGUGGCUCCAGAUCUGACGGCUGAGCAGCGCCGCCGCCGGAGGCAGGUCCAGGCAGACGCCGCCCAGCGCCUCCGGGAGCUGGAGGCUCAGGUGGCAGAGUUCCGGGUGCGACUAGGCAAAGGCCCCUCCCAGAGGGGCAACCAUGAAGAGGCUUUCCAUUCAGAGAGCAGCUCCCUCUCCGAAUCAGCCAGCCAUGAAAAUGGGGUGUGUGGAUGCUUCUACUCUGUGCCCUGUGCUCUGUCCUCAGACGACCCCCACAGCUUCCACCCCUCCAAAGUCUCCAACCACCAGGGGACUUUUUUUGACCGUCCUUCGCCACCUAAGGCCCGAGAUCACCUGCGUGCCAUCUCCAGCAGCCCCGACCGCCGACCAGGAUGGCGGCUUUUGCAGCCGGACCUGUACAAUGAGGGCAAGGACCGCAGGAACUCUGUUGCCAGCCCUGCCAGCCCAAGCCGCACGCUCCCCAGGAGUGCCUCCAGCUUCGAGGGCAGGAGUGUGCCUGCAACCCCAGUGCUGGCAAGAAGCGCUUGCACAGGCGGCCACCAGUUCCGGUCCGAAGCCCCAGCUCUACACCCCCGGCAAUGGUCAGGCAGCCACGACUCCCAGCUCGGACCCCCGAGCCGCGACACCAGCGCUGACCGGGCCUCCCUCUUCGCCGCUCGGACCCGUCGCAGCAACAGCUCGGAAGCCCUGAUUGAGCGGGCCCCUUCGGAUGACCCCCUGUUCCCCGCUGCUCCCCCUUUUAAAAGUGCAGAGGCCCUGACCCCUUCCAUCUCUGGCCGCAACCCUCGGCCCCCUUACAACGACCUCCUUCUGGACUACUACCUGGAACGCAGGUGCUGGGGCGGCGGCGACCACCUUUCGCGCCGGGACGGGCCCCCCCAGCUGGAGUGGGGGGCCUUUCCCGAGAGCCCGCUGCAGCGCCGAGCGCGCCCGGCUGCCCGCACCAAAUCCUGCGGCCCGCUGCUGCCCCCCCAGUCCCGGGAGGUCGGUUAUGGGCCCCCGCUGCCCCCUCAGCGCAACUUCCACAAAGCCCUGGCCCUGGAGGGACUCCGGGACUGGUACCUGCGCAACGCCGGAGUCAGCCAGCGGGGGGCGCUGGAGAGACGGGGACCCUCGCACCCCAGCCACCAGCCGCUCCGCGGCUACUACGAGCCAGCUGCCGCCAACCCCGAGACGGGCUACUAUGGGGCGCCAGGGGGGCUGCCCCACUCAGUGAGCUAUGCCGGGCAGCCGCUAUAUGGCAGGUAUGGGGCACGACUGCACUAUUUGCCCCGGUAACUGCAUCCGCCCCGUUCAUCCUGCUUGCCUUACGCCACACCCCCUAACACCACUUCCGCAGAGUCUGUCUGUCAUUCUUUCUGCUCUCUCUCUUUUUUCGGGCACUUCCACCAUGCUGCACUUUUCCCCAGCUGCUUGGGAAUUCUUGUGCUUUGUUUUCUGUUGUUGUUUCUCCCCACCCACUAAAAGUGCAUUACUGGGGGGUUUUUUGGGGGGGUGGAGGAGCACCCUUUUGUUGCUGCCUCUUGGUCCAUUUCCGAAGGAUUUUGAGCGGCCAGGGGGCUGGAGUUUGGGGUGGACUGUCAUGGGAUGAAAGGAAGACAUCUAUACUUCUUGCUGUGUUCCUCCUUGCCUAAUUCUUUCUUCUUCUUCUUCUUCUUUUUCUCUCUCUCGCUCCCUUCCGCCUUUUGAUGCCCUGCUAUGCCCUCUCAAGACCCUUUGGGGAACUCCUUUACAUGGAUGACUCUGCUGGCCUCUACAGCUUGGACUCCACAGAGCAGCCACCCCCGGGGACAUUGGUCUGACCCCCCCACUCUGCUUUUUUCCCCCAAGGGGAAAUGGAGUUUGGUCUCUUUUUCUUUUCUUCGCUGGUGCCUCGUGUGUGCGUGUGUUACACCAUGUUGGGGGGGGGCGGGAAUUCCCUGCUGGCAGGGUUUAUAUGCUAUAUCUAUAUAUCUGUGUGUGUAUGUGUGUGUGAGAGAGAGAAAUUGAGAGUGUGAAGGGGGGUUGUUGCAUGUCACACUGGACACACAACUGGGGGGAGACCAGAAAUGUCUCUCCAGUUCUUCCUACACAUUAUUAAACUUUUCCGAUUUGAGAUUUUUUUUUAGGGGGGAUAUGUAUUUACUGUACCCCACUGCCACUCACUCCCCUCCCCAAGGGUUUAACUGCUGCAGGUUGCAUCCUCUUGUGUUCCCUCGGGAGUGGUGCAACAUUUCUGCCCUGGUGCUGUGGGUCAGGGUGUGGCGUUUUCAACCCGAGACCCUGGAAUGUAUCGUGGAGGGGUGUGCAGAUGUUUCUUGUGGGCAAAAGGCUGCAUAGUGCAGACUGUGGAAUUUCAGUUCUCUUUAAAAAUGUCCGGAAAAGGGGGAAAUAAUCUAACCCACCCCCACCCCCCACACCACAUGAGCAAUUUCUGUUCAUCCCCCUGCCCACUUCUGACAAGGGGUGUUUGGGGGGAGACUUCUGCAGAAAAGGGACUUCAGGUAAGGGAAAUGCAAGCUCCUUUUUUAAAAAAAAACCUCCAGCUGCUUCCUGGCAGGUGAAACUGGGAUGGGUGCUAUAGAAUGAGAGUUCUUGCUUUUAGUUCAUGUCAAAUCGAAGGUGAGGAACAUGUCUCUCUCCACCCCCCGCCCCCCACCCCCGUCGUUGCCCAGAGGUUGUUGCAUAACAGUGCCCAUGACCCAUGGCUUUGCUGCCUGGGACUUAAUGGAGUUGGGAACCCAACAAGACCUUUGAGAGCCACAGGCUUAGUGCCCCAUAAUAAUUUUAAAAAUUAUGUAGAAAGUGGGGUGGUGUCAGAAGCUACCGGCUGAAACGGCUGCCCGUUAUGGUGGCUGUGUGAACCGCGGGGGUUUCUGUUACAGCUGCGAGUGUGAAAUUUGACUCGGUCCGCGGGCGAGUGUGGCUCCCACGGGAAAACAGGCAGGCAGACUUUUCACAUGUGGGAAGAUCUCUGUAAACAUGGGCGUUUGCCACACAGCAGCCCCAAUGCGCAGCGCUGCCUGUCCCAUGUCUAAAAAGCACAGGCAGAGAGACCCCUUCGCGAACCCCAUUCAACCAUGCCACCGCCUCCCCCCCGCAAUGUUACGAAGGGGAAAAAAAAACCCUUGCUUUCAUUUAAAAGCUUUUUUAAAAAUGUGAUGGUUUUUCCUCUUCACAGCUGCACAACAAGUGGUCACGUUGUUUAAUAAUCUCUGUUUUUGCCCAUUGAAUCCAGAUCAUACUUGGGGACAGGGGCGGGGUAAGGGAGGGGGUGGGGUGAUACCCCUCUCGCCACUUCCCUCUGUGACGGACCAAGGUUCACAGCAGCAGAGUCACUGUCUUGCGUGUCUUUUUAAUAUUCACUGCUGUACAGAUUGUAUAUUGGGGGCCUGAAUGUAAAACUGAGCACUGUGCAUAUGAAAUGAGAAAGGGUUUCUAUAAUAAAGAUUGUAAAGGCGA